AUGGACGACGAGGGGUCGGUGGAGAUCGAGGAACUCUUCGCUCUGCUCAACCAAAGGCAGGAAACGGGAGGCGAGGCUGAAGGGCACGGGCCCAACGAAGAAGGCGCGGGUCGUGAUGGAGUUGGUGCUAGCCCCGAUCAGAACGUUCGACCAAUCAACGAGCUGCGCAUGCUGAGUGUGGCGAGGAAGGACUUCGGCAAGGUCGAGCGCGUUGCCCGCUCGAUGACCGCGCAAAGGUUAGCGGCGGCGAGGGUCGAGUUGGAGAGCUCGGGCAAGACGACCGAUGAGGGCGUGAAGGAGCUUCUCAGGAGCCUCUCGCUGUACGGCCACCGGCAACCCAUGUCGAGAGAGGUUCGGCUCAAUAUGCGGCGGAAAAUCCAGUCGCUCAUCGUUGGCUACGGCGUUCCGGCCAUCUGGUUCACCAUCAACCCAAACGACAUUACGAACCCGGUGAAGCUGCGACUGGCGGCAUAUCGGACACGCGAUCCCGGCGCGGCCGAGGAGUUCCUAGAAGGCCUUGGGAGUGCGUACAAGCGGACAAGGCUGGCCAUGUCCGAUCCGAUGAGCGCCGCCGUAUUCUUCCACCGGGAGAUGAAGCUGUUCUUCGAUCAUUACGUGAAGGUCGGAGAAGAGUCGGUAUUCGGGCGCAUCGGCAAGUACUAUGGCGCUGUGGAGACCAACGAACGAGGGGCGCUUCAUGUUCACGGCUUGCUCUGGUUGCACGGAAACGCGCAUCUCAGCUCGAUGCUUGCCGACAUCCACGGGGAGGAUCAGGCGGCGUAUCGCGAGCGAAUCAUACGAUACGUCGAUAGUGUCUUCUCCGAGGAUCUGGAUCAGGAAGGGUUCUGCGCCGUGCAAGCGGAGCGAUCUGUGACGUCCGAUAUUUCCUCCCUGCUGGACAACACCGAGCAGUUUUCGGCCGCAUUUGACGAGGAGGCCAACUUCUGUGCCGGCGCUACACAGAUCCGGAGGACUCACAGCAUGGUCAAUCGAUGGAACAAGGCUAUCGCUGUUGGGCUCCGGCACAACCACGACAUUUCCUUCAUUGCGACGCAGCGCAAGACCAUGGCCCUUAUGUAUUAUGUCACGAACUACGCGACGAAGGUGGAGGACCCGGUGUGGAAGCGUGUGGCGGCCGCGGCCGAUCUCCUGGCCGCCUCAACGGGUGACGGCACGGCCAACGGAGGACAGGACGACGGUGGAGGUGCUGUUGGCGAUGACGCCGCCAAGGGGAACAGGACGCGACAGUUCUUGAUGAGGGUGGCGAAUCGUGUGUUCACGGAGCGUCCGCUAUCUCAGGUCGAGGUCGUCGCUCAUCUUCUUGGAUAUCCGGCCGAGUUCACCAACAGCAGCGCCUGGGCGUACCUGAACACAUCUCUGCUGUACUGGGAAGUCUUUCGACGGUGGCCGUAUCUCCGACGAGCAAGUGGCGCGGCGGCCAUAGAUGAUACUCUGGAUGAGUCGGUGCUCAGGCGGCCGGGCAAGCAUGCUACCGUCUGCCUCGAUGGCUACCUGAGCAAGGACUUCGGCCACAACGACGACGAGGAGUCGUGCCACCGGAGCAUCUGGGAGCGGGCGCGAGAGGCGCUGGCCCCGAGAAUAUCAUGUCUCGUCGACAACGUGCAGCUGCUUCGACGAUCAGCCGAAGACGCAAAGCGCGACGCCAAGCAAUGGGCGGCCUCAUCCGGCGAUGGCGAUUCCACGGUCGCCCACGUCGAGGAGGGCGAGACAGGCGAGGCGGGCGCAGAAUUUGCAGCGACGUAUCGGUCCAACAACAUCGGAGACGCAACGCGCCUGAUCGACGUCGUCCGAGGCGCAGUGGGCACGAAUCAGGUGACGGCCAAGUCGCCGGAGCUCAUGGCAAUGAUGCGGCAGCUCUGUCGAUUCCAGCAAUCGGCGCUCUGCUCAACGGCCGAGCUCGAGGCCAUCGCGAUUCCCGAACAAGGGUUGAGGUGCAUAAGCAUGCCAGGGCGGGUAUUUUCCGGGGCCGCACUACCGCCGCAGGAUCAGGUCAAGGCUAUCAAGUCGCAGCAGAUAACCAAGGACCUUGACGGGGUGCGGCUGACAAAACGGGCGGAGCGGUUCAUCCACGGCCAGUCUCGGAUGGACUGGCAGGAGAAGGACGUGCUUGUCAUCGACGAGAUUUCGGGGAUCCCCAUCGUCCUCUUCUGCGGAGACUUUCAGCAGUUCCGGCCGGUCCAAGAGAGGUCGAUCGUCCUGCCGAGCGCGGCCAUCUCGUGGGACGUAGACAACUCGUUCAAGGCCGAGCAGCGGCACCAGCACGACAAAGCGCACGCGCUGUGGAAGAGAUUCACGACGGUCGUCAUGUUGAACGAGCAAAUGCGCGCCGCCGGUGAUCCGGAAUUGCAGGGGCUGCUGAAGCGGAUCCAGCAGGGUGUGCAGGACCGCACGGAUCUGGACCUCCUCAACUCAGGUGCUACCGCGAGGGCAGGCGGAUCCCUUGGGAGACUGGCAUCACCGUGGUGA